AUGGAGAGUUCAGAGAAACCGAUUUUAAAGCUGAAACUUCUUGUCGACAGGAAGACGAACAAGGUUGUCUUGGCUGAGGCUGGUAAGGAUUUUGUUGAUGUGCUCUUUGGUUUUAUGGCGCUGCCAAUGGGUACUAUCGUGCGAUUGCUGGAGAAGAACAGUCGGAAUCAAAAGUCUCAAGCCACUAGGCCAGCUACUAUAGGCUGUUUUAACAAUCUCUACAAGAGUGUUGUUGAUAUGGACGAAGAUGAUUUCAUGACGGAAGCUAGUAAGGAUAUGCUUUUGUAUCCGAAAUUUGUGAAAGAGAAGCAAUGCAGACAGCUUAAGCUUUACAUAGGUGAUGAUACCGAGGAGUUUAAAGUUCCUGAUGGUGUUUGUGAUGAAUUAUUUGUCAGCCAGAAGACAUCUUUCCACAUUACAGAAACUAUGGAAGUAGCGGAAUUUGCGUCUAUUAUGAUCGCCAGGAGAAUACUUUUGAGGCUAGGUUAUGAUAGUUUCAAGAAGUUGGAUAUAAUGUCUGUAGAUGUUGGUCACGAAGAGGUUCUAUCUCUGCUCCAUUGCUUGUUCUUUUCGGAAACUCCUUUCACUGAUGUCUUCUUGAAGAAGCAUAGCUCUUGUGGUAUGACAAGGUCGCAUGACAUGCUAACGCUACCCGUGGAAGAUGGUGAAGGAGGAAAGUAUUUUGUUACAAUCCCACCCACUGUAUAUGUUGAGAAGCAGGACCAGGAGGAUCUUUAUUAUGCUGAAAGCAGACAAGCAUUUCGUGGUAGCUUCUUGAAGAAGCAUAGCUCUUGUGUGGAAGAUGAAGGUGAAGCAGGAGGACCAAAUGAAGUUGUGUCACUCACUAUAUUUGUUAGGAGGCAGGACAGGAAGGUUCUUUAUGCCGAAAGUGGACAAGACUUUGUGGAUCUACUUUUCACUUUCCUGGCUAUCCCUUUGGAGUCUGUAUGGGAAAUAACUAGGAUGCAUUGUUUGCAGAAAUCGUUGCUUGGUGUCAGUUAUUUAAACAAUGACGGUAGUUGUCAAUGGACAUCUCAUAGUAACAGUGGGAUUGUGAAGAGAGGGGCAACAUACAUGAUCACAGAUGAUCUAACAAUCACAGCUGCAAACUCAUGCUCAACUAUUUCCUUACUGGAGAAGUUGCACACAAACUUGAGUUAUAUGGAGGAACAUGUAAUUAACAUCAGUAAAGCAGAGGCUAUCAAUUUGCUAAACGCUUCAUUGGUGACAUCUACUCCUUUGACCACCACUCUCUCACUCCUUGACGAGUACGAGUGUUAA